AUGACUGAUAUUGCUAAGAGAGAUUUUGCUGAACUAGCAGUCAGCGGCAAGAAUUACCUGACAUGGGCACUAGAUGCCAAAAUCAUGCUUGGUGCUAAGAAACUCCUGAACUGCAUUCAGGACCCAACUAUUGCAACAUCAGCUGGAGGAGUUAAUAAUUUACCAACUUCAGCCGAGAAAAAUCAGGCACUGCAUUACCUGAGGCACCAUUUGAAUACUACUCUCAAGAAUGAGUAUAUGACUGAGGAAGAUCCGAAGGUCCUUUGGGACUCACUGAAGGAUCGCUAUGGCCAUCAAGUAAAGGCUUUGCUCCCAAAAGCAAAACGUGAGUGGCUUCACUUACGUUUCCAAGAUUACAAAUCUAUGGAGCAAUAUAACUCAGUUCUUCACCGCAUUGUCACUUGUCUUAAGCUAUGUGGAGAGAAAAUCACUGAUGCUGACAUGAUAGACAAAACUUUGUCCACCUUCCAUGCCAAUCAUGUGAAUAUUCAGAGGCAAUACCACCAGGCUAAAUACGAGAAGUAUUCUGAACUGGUCUCCGUGCUCAUGGAAGCGCAAGGAGAAGAUGAGACACUUGUUGAAAAUCAUACGUCUCGCCCCACUGGAAGUUCAGCAGCACCCGAAGCAAAUGCUAGCUCCUUUAAGAAGGGGAAAAACCAGAAUAACCAGAACAAAGGGAAGAAUUUCUGGAAAAAUGGUGGCAAAGUUAACAAGACAUCUUUCAAGAAGAAAGGAAAUCAGAACAGUAAGUCUAAGAAGGGCUCUACUAGUGGUGAAUAUGGAAAGCAAGAUCAGAACUCAGAGGAGAAGAUGGCUGCCAUGCAUAUCGACAAGAAGGUCGACGAGAAGGCAGUGGUUGCAAUGCACAUCGAUGAUAAGAUGGAACAUAAUGCAGCAGACACAGAGCUGAAGCUCUCAGAUGAUCUCAUGGACUCUGAUCAGUUAUAUGGGGACAUUUAA